AUGAUUGAGAGGGCCACCUUUAGGGAGAAGAUGCGCUCAUCAAUCGAUGACCAGCCAACCACCCCUGUCCGGAGAGUAUAUGAUGCUGCGGUAUCAUCGGUCAGCCGCCAAGGAGGAGGUGACCGCCCUCCGCGCAUCGAGGCCUUUUCGUCCUUCAGGACAAUUCUCAACAGGGCAAGAUCAAAGAGAAUGCCAGAGAUACCCAGAGGAGUGGAAGAGGUGGAGAUCCAGGGGCCGUGGCGCCCACAGAAAGUUGUGUGCGACUUUGAGAUGGCACUUAUUACAGCUCUUCAGUCGGAGCUGCCACAGGUGAGCAUCCAGGGGUGCUAUUUUCAUUUCACCCAGAGCCUUUGGAGAAGGGUCCAAGAACUUGGACUUGUGAGGGCUUACAGGGAAAACCUCCGUCUUCGGAAAUGCAUCCGCAAGCUGAUGGCUCUGGGAUAUCUGCCACGCCCGCUGGUGAGGCUAAACUUCAACUCUCUCCGAAGAAGCCAACGAACAAUCCGGCUGAUUGACAGAAAUCCAUCUUUGCUGGAUUUUUUUGGUUACGUCCAAAACACCUACAUCGGUGGGUUCUUCCCCGUUCCUCUGUGGAACGUCUUUGACCGAGAGAUGGAUACCCGGACAAACAACCACGUCGAAAGUUAUCACAAAACUUUAAAUGACACCAUCGGAGUCCGGCACCCAUCUCUCUGGACUUUUAUCCGAUGUCUGAAGGACCGCCAAACCGUCGUGGAGCAAACUAUUGAUGGCGCGGAACGUGGAGAAUUGGCCCCUGCACGACGUCGCAAAUGGAGGGUUUUGGAGGAAAGGCUGCGAUGA